AUGUAUCGCGGUAGCCAACGCGGUGGUCGUGGCGGAUAUCGUGGUGGUAGAAGUAGCAACCGCAAAUACUCCGGCAGCUCCGGUAGCUCUAACGGCCAGUAUAACCCCAAGCGACCGACUCUCAAGCCCGCUUCGGCUUCUCAGUCCUCUCAAGUUCAACACACUUGCAUAGCAACUACCGAACAAACCCCAGCCCGCGUGGACUCACCCGUUACCCCAAUCAAACAACUCUCAUCCUUUGACUUGAACGGCAACAGCAUCAAAGAAACCUACAUUGCAAGAUCCAGUACUACUCCGACACCACCUUCGGCAAGGUUACCAAUCAUAAGCCCACCAAGGCAGGCCACCCGAGCCUCUCCUCAAUAUGGAGGCAAUCGCCCGCGCUUCAAUUCAGCUAGCCAGCGUAGCUCACAGAGGCCAGUUUGGAGAAAUGAAGCCCAGCAUUGGGCCCAUCGCCAGGAGGUAAAGAUCAAGUUGUCAGGUAUACCUAAGAGCUACUGGACAAAAGACGUAUAUGACGCAUUGUCGUCGUUUGGUUCUGUCUUCAGGAUCGAGAUAGUCACUGGCACCCGAGACAACUCCGCUUUCGUGGUUUUCCGACCCCCACCCGUCCAUACCUUUCCGCAUCGAAACCUACGAAUUGGCGAUGCUCUCCUAGGGAUUGAGACACUUUCUCCACAAGUCAAGACCAUUCCCAGCCUAGCCAAUCCCGCAAAGCAAUACUACGAGUUCAACAUCCUGCCUGUACGUGGGCUCGACUUCGGCGUCAACGUGGCAGACAAGGCCAUGAUUGCCAUGCAUACCUUGCGUUCGCCAGGCAGUAUCUACAUGACGCUGAAUCUGAUUCGUAAAGAGCUUGAUGUUCAGUUCUCGGUCGAUGUCGAUGACGAGAUGCGCAAGGUUCGCUUUGCUUUGCCAAUUGCUCUGCUCUCUCACAUAUACAAGGUCAUCGACAAAACCACUGAUCAGCCGGCUUUGAUCAUUCCGUUCAACUCACCGCCGCAAUUUUACAUGCAGCGAAUUGAGGUUGAGAAUCUGGGAGACGGGAGGAAAUGCUGUAUAUUUUCUAGGAAAGAGAAGGCGUGGUAUGACUGGAGCACUUGGUUCCGAGCGACCGAUAUUAUCAACAGCACUGUCAAGAGCAAGCUUCAGGGCUUGCCGUUAAUGAAUCACAAGGACACCGCUAUCAUCGACAUUGGCCUAUGGACGAAUUAUCGCAUGAUAUUCGACCCAAAAGUAAUGACAGGGCUCAAGUUCAAAGAAUUCAGCGAUGCUCUCGCCGACCAUGGCGUCGCCAUUGAGGACCUCGACGAGUAUACGAUUAAAGACAUGGUCCCAUCACCUCUAUGGUCAAUGCUACAAGAAGAGAUAUCUGGCACACAUCCACAUCUUGAGUCGACAUCCAACUCAAAGGGUUCGGUUUUCGAAGACCUUUUCGCUGGCCAGUUCCAUCUAAGCUUUCCCGUUCGGUACCAACUCGAGGCGUGUCUAUCGAACGGCUAUCUAAAGGAACACAACAUCACGAGCGACUUCUUAGAGAAGCUCGCCGCGCUAGAUCCUCGCCGCGCCGUCUACAUCCUGGAGAAGGUUGUCGACAAACAGCAUGUUCACUACGAUCCGAUGGAGAUAUUCGGCAUCCGGAUCAAGGAUCUUGCAAAGAAAGUCCCUAGCUACUGUGUCUUGCAGCGAUCGGUGGUGAUCACCCCAACCAUGAUGCAUGUAGCAUCUCCUAACAUGGAGACCUCUAACAGGAUCAUCCGCAGGCACGCUGCUGACGGUGAUCGUUUCAUCCGAGUCAAGUUCUCCGACGAGAAGACAGAAGGUCAAUUGCGCAAUAUGCCCAACGGAAGGGCUGAAGCAGCAUUCGACAGAGUGCGUCGUGCUAUGAAGCAUGGUAUUGUCGUUGCAGGGCGAUACUAUGAGUUCUUGGCAUUUGGAAACUCACAGUUCCGCGAACACGGAGCAUACUUUUACGCGCCUACUUCUUCCAAGUCCGCCGAUGACAUCCGCAUCUCACUGGGCAAUUUCGAUCACAUCAAGAUCGUUGCCAAGUUCGGUGCUCGUCUCGGCCAGUGCUUCUCAACAACUCGCGCAAUGCGGGAUAACGUUAAGGUUAUAACGAUUCCCGACGUCGUACGUAACGACUAUACCUUCACAGACGGCGUCGGCAAGAUCUCGCUCUUCCUGGCCCAGAUGGCUGCCCAAGAACUCGGGCUUGCCCGCGCCUUCGAUGACCCGCCAUCUCUAUUCCAGUUCCGACUUGGUGGUUGCAAAGGGGUGGUUGCACUAGAUCCAAAGAUCACUGGUCCUGAGGUUCAUAUAAGACCCAGCCAGAUGAAGUUUGUGGCACCCUAUACUGGCCUGGAGAUCAUACGAUCUUCCUCGCUUGCGACACCGUUCUUCAACCGUCAGAUCAUCGUGGUCUUGUCAUACCUUGGCGUGCCCGACUACGUGGUAAUCAGGAAGCAACAAGAGAUGAUCAACGAUUAUGAAACCGCAAUGGUAGACGAUAGUGUUGCCUUGCAAAAGCUUCGAAAGCAUAUCGACAUGAACCAGACCACAUUGACAAUCGCAGGAAUGGUCCUCGAUGGUUUCAUGAAGUGUCAAGAUCCAUUUGUCAUGUCUCUCCUGAAGCUUUGGAGGGCUUGCACCAUCAAGAACCUCAAGGAGAAGGCUCGGAUAGCCAUCGAUGACGGCGCAUUCGUACUCGGCUGCGUUGACGAAACAGCAACACUCCAAGGCCACAUGAACGACCUCCAGCUCGAUGCUACGAAAGAGGAGAAGCUCGCUACACUCCCCGAGAUCUUCCUGCAAGUCGACGAUACAAGCAGAAGAGGACACUCCAGAAUCAUCAAAGGAAUCUGCAUCCUGGCGCGAAAUCCCUCACUUCACCCGGGAGACCUACGAGUCGUUCGCGCAGUAGAUGCACCUGGAUUACAUCAUCUCAAGAACGUCGUGGUGCUGCCACAGAACGGAGACAGAGACCUUGCCAAUAUGUGCUCUGGCGGUGAUCUUGAUGGGGACGACUACAUAGUGCUGUGGGAUUCAGAUUUGAUACCCCAAAACGUCAACAUGCCUGCCAUGGACUUCACAGCCGAAAAGCCGGUUGAGACUAACGAUCCGAUCACAGCCGCACAUAUUGGUGAUUUCUUCGUCAGUUACAUGAAGAAUGAUACACUUGGGCGAAUCGCCCAUGCGCAUUUGGCAAACGCAGACCUUCAAGCCGACGGUGUCAAUGACGAGAAGUGCCUUGCCUUGGCAGAGUUGCACUCCAAAGCCGUUGACUUUCCCAAGAGCGGUUUGCCAGCCGAGAUGACGCGCGAACUGAGACCACAGAAGUGGCCACAUUACAUGGAGAAGAAGCACCUCGCAGAAAAUAAGAUCUAUCAUUCAAGAAAGGUCUUAGGCAUCCUCUACGAUCAAGUGCAGCUGGUGGACUUCAAGCCUCAGUGGGAAAAUCCAUUCGAUAAGCGCAUCCUGGAGGCCUUUAGGCUCGGUGACGAAGUCUUGACUAAAGCUGCAGUGCUCAAAGCGUCUUACGACGAGUCGUUGCGGCGACUGAUGGCCAAGCAUGGAAUUCGGACAGAAUUCGAGGCCUGGUCUGUCUUUGUGCUAAUACACAAUCACGAGAGCCGCGACUACAAAUUCGCCGAAGAAUUUGGUAGAACUAUUGGUGCAUUCAAGUCUCAGUACCGAGACGAAUGCCGAGCUGCCGCAGAAGGCAGCCUGGAAAACUUUGUCGCCGCAAUGUAUACCGUGACUGCGAAAGAGAUGGAGACUGCACUGGUCGAGUGCCGUACCAAGAAGACAGUUGGUGGCGAGGACUUUCCGGUGCGACCUAUGGAACCGGAGCACAUGCCCUUGAUCUCAUUCCCUUGGCUCUUCCCAAACGAACUGGGGAAGAUUGCGACCGGCGGUGCGAUUACCCAACAGCUAGAGGUGCAGCAAAAGGUUCCAACCCGACAGAAGAAGGAUCCUGGCUCUUCCACGCUGGUAGAGACCGAUACAGAGAUUGGUGUUGUGGAGACGGAAGCAGGUAUCAUGCGGUACGGAGACUUGCUGGACCUGGACUUUAGUAUACAAGAGAGAACAGUGGCGGAGGAGACAUGAGGAUGGCAAGGUUGGCAGGACGGACAAGAAGUGAGCUUCCAAAAAAUUGAACUUGAAGACUACGAUGGUAGUUUUGAUGGCAAAGCAACAUUAACAGCGGACCGAGGAGGAUACGGCGUGCGCUACAGGUGCAGAAAAGUUCGUCGGGUGUUUCUGGCUGGCGGCGUUCAUGGCUGACUUUGCGACGGGCUGGCUUUUGGGGCUCGUGUUAUGUCUGAAGGUCAUGUGCGAGUUGUUCGUCAUCAAGCUAGAGAAAACCAUAAAACCAAAGAAAAAAAAUGUAGAAAAUAGAAAACUCAAACAGGCUUCUUGACAUUGGUG